GGUGGGGGACGAAGCUUUAGCUGGUGUUGCGGGGAGCAGCCUGGGGUGCUGAAGGCUGCCAGGCGUGGGGGUCCCGGCGGAGCGAGGAGGCGAGGGCAGAUCCGUGGCGGUGAAGCGGGGAUGUGUCCGGGUGCCAUGGGUGCAGCUCCGUCCCUAGACCCGCGCGGAGGGAGCUGCCUUUGUGCCGUGGGACGCUGAGCCGCCGCCUCUUCCCGCCGUCCCGCCGGGCGCCCAGCGCAGAGAUAAUGGCAUUUUCCAAUUUGUCCAGUUACUUGGAUGAUGUCGAUAACUACAGCGACUACCCAGAUUACGUCUACGAGGAGACCAGCAGCGUGUGGACAGAUCCGUCCCACGACCCGAAGGAUAUCGCCAGGAUUCUCUCCGUCGUCAUCUACAGCGUGUCCUGCGUGUUGGGCGUCCUGGGGAAUGGCCUCGUCAUCGCAAUCAUAACUCUGAAGAUGAAGAAGUCGGUCAAUGCCAUCUGGUUCCUCAACUUGGCCAUCGCCGACUUCCUCUUCAACAUCUUCCUGCCCAUAAACAUCGCUUACACGGCCAUGCGGUACAACUGGAUCUUUGGGACGGUCAUGUGCAAGUUGAAUUCCUUCCUGCUCAUCCUCAACAUGUACACCAGCGUCCUUCUGCUCACCACCAUCAGCUUCGAUCGCUACGUGUCAGUGGUUUUUCCUGUCUGGUCUCAAAACCAUCGGUCGACCAACCUGGCCUAUUUAGUUUGCUUGAUUAUCUGGACCGUCGGCAUCAUUAUGAGCUGCCCGUCUCUCAUCUUCCGAGACACAGCACAAACCCGCAACUCUGUGAUUUGUUUUAGCAACUUUUCCCUCUCCAGGAAUAAGUCUUACCAAGCCCUGGCACUAAUGAGGCACCGAACAGUGAACAUCACCAGGUUCCUCGCUGGGUACAUCCUUCCCAUAACCAUCAUCACUUUCUGCUACAUCGCUAUUGUCUUCAACUUGCGUCGAAACCGCCUCGCCAAGUCCAAAAAGCCCUUCAAGAUCAUCGUCACCAUUAUAGUCACCUUCUUCCUUUGCUGGAGUCCCUACCACCUGCUGAACCUCCUGGAAACAGAGCCCGACACGAUCCCACACUCCGUGUUUGAGAUCAGCAUCCCCUUAACCACAGCGCUCGCUGCCUCCAACAGCUGCAUGAACCCCGUCCUCUACGUCUUCAUGGGCCAGGACUUUAAGAAGUUUAAGGUCACCAUCCUUUCCAGACUGGUGAACGCCCUCAGUGAGGAGACAGGCCACUCCAGCAUCGUUCACAGGAGCUUCUCCAAGAUGUCUUCAAUGACUGAGAAGGAGACGACAGUCCUCUAACUCAACCUGGAUGCCUGCGGGAGGGCCGUAGUCCUCCAGUGUUGCCCAUGCCCAUCACUAUGAUGGUGGCCACCGUGGAAGUGGCCGCUGGUGUGGGACGAGCAUGGUCCAACGCUGUCCUAUAGCGCAUUCUUUGACUGGUCUUGCUGCCUGGGGACUGGCAGAAGUUGGAGACCAGCGCUCUGUGCACGUGAAGAGAUCCGACGGCCUUCCUUUGCGAUUGCAAAGAUUGCACAAAACUAUUUAAGAAAACGUUUCAGGGCAUUCCUACCUAAUCUAUGCAUUGCCUGGCCUGGCAGGGGUGUUCCUGCCAUUUCCAGAGACACCGUUACGAGGAGAUGGGGUGGAGGAUGGGUCUGGGAAGGCACCUCCACCGCCAGGCUCCUGCGAUGGGUGGCUGGGUGAGCACUGGCCGUGGACGAUACCUGCUACGGCAAAACUGGUCACAGUUUUCCGAUGUCCUAUGUAUGCCUACAGCUACUCCUGUUAAAGUUCUAAGUGUAUUGGUACUCGCACAAUAUGUUUUUAACUGUGUCGGGAGCAUUUUGUUCCCAAAGAGCUCCCAAGAAGUGCCUUCAGAAGAGGGGCUUGAGUAUCCCAACCUCGACGAACCAGGAAAUCUCACGUGUCUUCUAAGUGAUCCAGACCCAGGGCCACCUGCCAAGGUGGGGAUUGGGCUCAUGCACAGGGUCGCCGACUUGGGAAACUAGGAGAAAAAAGAGGGAAGGAUUCAUCCGAAGUGUCUUUUGAACAAGCCCCACUCUGAUGGGGUUUCGCAGAGUGUUUGAUGCUUGGGCCUGUGAGUCCCAGUGGCUCCAUUCAGAGUGGCACCGGGAGGCAGAUCCAUGGGCUGGGGACUGUGGUCCUGGGGGAGGACCUGCUGUCCCCUCCUGCAUCCAGGUUGUCCCGGUUCAGCUAGGAUAGGGUUAAGUUACCCCAGCAGAGAGAGGGGGAAGGGAUCUCCAGC